AACGCUCCACCUGGCACCUGGGACAUUUAAGAGAGCGUAAGGAUCACAGGCAGGACUGACACAGGCAGUAGGGCUAAGACAGACCGGUGGGAUGAAGGGGCUCUGGAUCUUGCUGGUGCUUGUGGCUGCGGCCAAAGCGGAGAAAGUUUUUUUUGGUGAUCAAGUCCUCCGGAUUGUUGCUGAGUCUCAGGAGCAGAUCCAAGUUCUGCAGAGCCUGGAGGCCAGACAUGAGUGGGAGCUUGACUACUGGCUCCAUCCAGUGUCUGCGGAUUUGCCAGUUGAAGUCCGAGUGCCUCGCGCCAAUCUGGAUGCUGUAACAGAGUUCCUCCAUGACCACAACAUCAGAUUCGAAGUCAUGAUUGACAACCUUCAGGAGCUUCUUGAUGAGGAAAAGGCCGAGAUGGAGUGGAAUCGGGUGAAGGAGAGAAGCACCAGGAGCUUCAACUUCGGAGCCUAUCACACUCUUGACACGAUCUACUCCUGGAUGGACACCCUGGUUGCUCAGUACCCAAACCUGGUCACAAAGGAGCUGAUCGGCGAGUCCUACGAGAACAGGCCCAUGUACGUUCUGAAGUUCAGCACUGGAGGAGACAAAAGACCUGCUAUCUGGAUUGACACUGGAAUCCACUCUAGAGAGUGGGUCUCCCAGGCUACUGGAGUUUGGACAGCUAACAAGAUUGCCACUGACUAUGGACAUGACACUUCACUGACCACCCUGCUGAACCAAAUGGACAUUUAUUUGUUGAUUCUUGCCAACCCUGAUGGAUACGUCUACUCUCACACCAAUGAUCGGAUGUGGCGCAAGACUCGCUCCAGGAACACAGGCUCUGUCUGCCAGGGUGUUGAUCCCAACAGGAACUGGGAUGCAGGGUUUGGUGGUCCCGGGGCAAGCAGAAACCCCUGCUCUGACUCUUACCAUGGUCCCUCCGCUCACUCUGAGGUGGAGGUGAAGAACGUGGUGGACCUGAUCAAGAAGCAUGGCAACUUCAAGUCCUUCAUCUCUGUCCAUGCCUAUUCUCAGCUGCUCAUGUAUCCAUACGGCUACAGCUGCAACCACGUGCCUGAUAUGGCGGAGCUGGAUGCUGUUGGCAGAGCUGCGGUGCAGAAACUCACAUCCCUCUAUGGCACCCGCUACAAGGUCGGAAGCAUCUGUCGAAUCAUCUACCAAGCCAGUGGCGGAAGCAUCGACUGGUCGUACAAUAUGGGCAUCAAGUACUCCUAUGCUUUUGAGCUGAGAGACACUGGGAGAUACGGCUUCAUCUUACCGGCCACACAGAUCAUCCCCACUGCCUCUGAGACCUGGCUCGCUUUGAAGCACAUCAUGGAAUAUGUCCGCGAUCAUCCUUACUGACACUCUUCCAUGAUUGUCUGAGACCAAGAAAUAAACACUUUAACGCACUAGCAUCUUUGUGUAUGGACAGAUGUGUGGGGUUUGCAUGAGACCUUUGGGUCACAACGGAAUAAUCUG